CAUUCAUUCAUUCAUUAUGGCCAUGAGAUCUCACUAGAGAAGCCAUGGAAAGAAGAGGAUAGACAAAAUGAGCAUCUACAUAAUCUUAGUGAUUUGAUGAAUGGGCAAUUUUUGGGUGAAAAUGCGAAGAAGAUCGACGAUCACAUUCGAAAACCGAGUAUGAGUACAAGUAGUCAGACACAUGAGUGGCUUGUUGAAGCUAGAAAAAUGGUCGAAAAUUCACCUGCCAGGACUGGUUCAUCUCCUAAAUUAGUUUCGGCCUCGCCAAAGUUCGUUGUUAAGGACAAUUCUUCGGCUUUGAAUGAUCGUCGUGAUCCUUUCUCUCGGUCUGCAAGAAGGCAUCGAUCAUCACCGAGCAUCAGCGCCGAGAUCCUCUUCAGGUCGGCAAGGCACAACGCCGACGGAGAAAGCUCCGGCGAUGGCUCCGGUGAUGGAUCCGAUGACCGCCGAUGGCAGUGCGGCGAUCCCACCCCUGAACCCGAUGACUAUCUCGCCUCUUCCCUCCCUCCGAGGCAUCCCUCUCACCGCAAGUCCCGCUUCAACGAUGAUUCUCAGCCGCCAAUCCCUUCUCGGAGGAACUUCCGAAGCUCCUCUCCCGGCGCCGCCGCCGCUGAGCCAGCCUCCCGGAACGAUCUCGUGUUGUCGCCGCCUCGGAAUUUGGUGGAGACUGCACAUCGGCGGUCAAUUUCCUCGUCGACGUGCUCUCUUGAAAGGCUCUCCAUGGCGGGGAAUGAGAAGGAGCUUGAAUCGUCCAAGCCUAGAGGCCGGCGGUCUGUCUCCGUCAAUGCCGUUCCUGGAGGUGGCCGGAAUCUCGAUAUGGUCGUGGACGAGGACGUGAUGCUGAUUAACUCUUUCCUUAGAAAGAAAAGGUCUUUGGCUGCGAGGAUUGUUAACCGGAGGUUGACUGCCAAUGCCAAGAUCGUGCUCUCGGAUUCCUCCGAAGCCAGCACGACGAGCUCGAUGGUGGCCACCAUUUGCUAUGCUUGGCUGAUGGAGAACAGGGAGAAGAGGGAGGGAAGUGGAGAGGUUGUGGUGCCCAUGAUGAACAUGAAGAGGGGGAGAAUGCAUAGGCACAAACAAGCUGCCUGGCUCUUUCAUUAUCUAGGAAUUGAUGGAUCUGCAUUGCUUUUCUCUGAUGAUAUAGAAUUGGAGAAUCUAAUAAAGGCAAGACAAGUCACUGUGUUGGUCACUGGGAAGGAUGUUCUGUGCACAAAUAGUGAGGUGGGCUCACUAUGUACAGUUCUCACAGAUCAUUACUGUGAAGAUGCAUAUGACCUACUUAAGACUCCUAACCUGAAAAAACUAUUGCUUGCAGGAAUUUUGUUGGAUACAAAUAAUUUGGAUAAACUUUCGAAGUUUCAUACACAGAGAGAUGCAGAGGCUGUACAGUUGCUCGUGGCUGGCUCUGCUCCCAGUUUCAGACAUGAAUUCUUUGAGCAUUUAAUGCAAGAUGACAGAGAUAAAUUGUUUCUUGAAUCUCUGCGGCGCAAUUAUGGGAAUCCUUCUACCGAGUACAAUGAUGAAAAUGGAGCACCAAAGGAACAUAAUAUUCCAGUAAGGAAGUCGAUUUCAGGUUCUCUCCAAGAAGUUAAACAAAAUCAGACACAAGUUCUAACACCAGUUCCAGCUCCAUCGGUGGUUCCCGGAACACCUGAACCAGCUCUACGAAGGAAGAACAAGUUAUCCAUCGGAAAAUGGUUUGGUUUUAGUUCAAAAUGAUAGAACCAGCUUCAUUCCAACUGAUAUUAGAAGUCUAAAAACCAUAUCUUAUGUCCCUACAUGUUUGUGAAGUGAGCAAAUUGAUGCAUGCUUAGUUCCGGCACAAAGUUGUUCAUGAAGAUUGUUUUCAAUGUUAAUAUCACAGAAUCACAGUAUAUGAAAAUUGAGUAGUAGUAAAACAAAAUAUAAGUCAAACUUAGCAUAUCGAGUGCUGAGAGUUCGAAUUACAGGUGAGGGUAUAUUUUUGGGAGUGUGUGUAAUAAUUGUGUGGGGUGAUUUCAGUGCUCACAUGUGCAUGGGUUUUAU